AUGACGAUCUCAAAAAGGAAUAUCAUUUGGCGAUAUAGAGUACCCUCAGAACACACUUACCCAACCUGUGAGGGUGUCCAACUAGGUGAAGGGAUAAUAAUGUGCACCGAUCCAGCUAUCAUGGCCUACUCCUCCUCGAUCAAGUAUCAUGCAAGAUGUUAUGACGGCCAUCCUGUUUAUAGUGCCAUGAAUAACAGACUUCAAGACGAGUUUGGAAUCAGUACCCUUCCCAUUAUAGACGAGGACUGGCAACUUUUUGCAUCUCAAAGUACUCCAACAACAAGUCCCCUGGAGUCCUCCAUUUAUCCACUUAUUUAUACAUUGAGCGCUAGUGCUGUCAUAAUAGGCUACCUUACCAUCAUUGUCUUUACCAAAAAUUAUCUGCAUUCCCAACGACCAACCAAGUUGCUACGCCUCUCCAUACUGUUAGGUGCUGUGGCCAUAAUGAUGUAUUUUGUUGCUUCUAUUGUGGAACUCAAUAGACAACAUCGAUACGAAGGGGUCUCCAACGCUGAUCUCUUGAUUUCAUAUCUCAACUCCCGGAUAUAUAUCAACGUUGUUCUCUUCUUUGCGUUCUUUGCUCUUUUGCUGGCACAAGUGCAGAUCAUUACUCGUCUUUUUCCCAGAAGAAAAGAAAAAAGGUACAUCUUCAUUGUGGGAACUAUUUGCACAGUUCUCAUUCAAAUAAUCUGGGCGUUAUCUGCCUUUCUUUCCAGCAAUUAUUACUAUGAUUCCGAAGAUGAGUCUAAACUAGCCAUGAUUCCUGCUUUCAUGUAUUUAUUACGGAUAUCACUUGCUGUUGUGUUCUCUUCCCUGGUUUGUGUGUAUGCUUUUUCCAAAAGUCAGUAUCUCUUUGAUCGAGAGAUGUUUUUGCUAACUGCGUUCACAGCUAUAGCCAUUAAUAUUACAGUGGCUUUUUUCAUUGCUGACGUUUCAGAGAUUUGGGUCUCUGAGUUGAGUGAAGUUUUCAAUGUUACAUCUUAUGUUAUUUGUAACGUGACCACUUGGGAAUGGAUAAACCGUAUUUCGUAUCUUGAAAAGAUGGUUCAGAGGGCAAGUGUCUUAGGAAGACCUUACUACGAGGAUGAUGUCCUUGAAAGUACAAAUAGAAGGAGUAUAUCCGGUACAGGCGACCAUGUGGAAUUCUCUAAGAAGCUUGACAUUUCAAUUGACAACUCCCCAUCCUUAUCUAGUUCUGUUGUUGGUUCUCAUAUUGAGAAGCCAAAAAAAGCAAGAUUUGUCAAGCUGUCCUCCUUUAAACAUAACAUUAGAAACAAAUUUAGUACAACAAGAGAUCAUAUUCGUUCAACUGGGUUGCGGAAGAAAAAGGGAUCUUCUACUGUUGCAUCUUCAAAUAACCCACAAUCCAAUGAAGUUUUCGUUCAUCAAGUCCAGCGAGUUGAAGUUACAGAGCCCAGUGAACUUGAUAGCGACGAAGAAUACGACGACACUUUUACUACAGAAACAGUAAUAACGGACAAUAAUCACAAUAACACCUAA